AUGACACUCUUUCUAUUUUUUACAGCGACAUCCGUUACAGCAGCCAAUGUCACUGUUCUCUGCAAAUGUGAAUGUGCUCCCAACUCCACUAUCCUUAGUGUACCGAGCUGCAAUGGAUGCACCAAGCUCUUUUGCAUAGAGAGCAAUGCCUGUUUUAUGCCAUUACCAAAAGUGGAUAUACCAGCUACUACAACAUCUGUGAGUUUGACUGCAACAAGCAGUACUAGUAGUGAGAGUAUAUCACCCAGUCCAUCGCCUACACUUCGUGGAGAUGAGUCUUGGACAGCUGUUUGCUUUCAACGAGGAAGUUUCAAGGAUGAAAUUAUUGUAUAUGCAUUCAUAAUCCUGACCACAACUUUAGUCGCAUUUGCUCUUAUUAAGCCGUUUCUGGCACAUGUUAUGCGAGAGUACGAUUUACCUGGAUAUGUCAUGCUUAUGGAUGGUCGUUAA